CAGUGGGAUUUGUAGGUGAGGGUACCGUAGGACAAGUCUCGCCACCAGCCGUUGGUUGGAUAUUCUGUAUUACAGCAAUGGCUAGUUUUAUAAGUAGCGAGCUGUCGGAAGACAGGAUAUAUCAGGUCAGAGCUUUGCUGGAAGCAUGCGACCUUUUGGAGCAGUUCGGCCUUGACACCGAUGAUAUUGAAACCGUAGAGGAUGCACAGAUCUGCCUCCUGAAGAAGUUAGCAAACCAACCUGGUGCCAAGAAAUGGACUCCAGAAAUGGUCCCGUCCGUUGUGUCAGACGUGAUAAAACAAGAUCGCGCGAGACGUGAGGAACUGGUGGAAUUCUACAGGCGGACCAUCCGGUAUACCGACAGCCUUCACGGCUCAGCCAGGGAGCAGCUGGAGGCUAAUUUCCCAGGGUUCCACGCGCAGCUCCAGGAGAAGAUGGGCAAACUCAUGGAUGACUCGUGCCACAUUGUGGUUGCAGGUGAGACAUCUGCCGGGAAGAGCUCUCUACUGAACCUGAUCCUGGGGGAAGACUUGCUGCCACAUUCCUUUCUCAGCUCAACAUCCGUCAUCUGUGAGCUGAAAUAUGGCGAACGAGAAAAGGUACUCGCGUAUAAGUGGGAUGUGUCGGAGCCCGAGGAAGAAGUGCUGAGCUCUGACAAAGGGACUCGUCUGCAACAGUUGGCCAAGUAUGCACACCAGCAAGAGGGGCGCGACACCGAGGUUCAUCCUUACAACAGAAUCGAGCUGUUUCUGGGGAUUCCCCUGCUUAAGGGAGGCAUCACAAUCGUUGACACGCCAGGAGUGGGAGAGAACAAAAGACUUUCUGACAUGGUGAAAGCCUACCUGCCCACUGCGUUUGGCUUCAUCUACGUCAUCAACAGCGGGAAUGCCGGCGGCGUUCAGGGGGACAGGCUUGGUGACUUGCUCUUGUCCCUAACGACUGGUGCUGACACGCUUUUCGACCCAAAGUCAGCCAUCUUCGUCUGUAACAAGUGGGACUUGGUCCCUCGGGCUGAAACAGACGAGGUGUGGACCGACACCACCAAGAAGCUGCAGGACUACUGGACAAAUCUAGAUAAGUCGCAGGUCUUCCGGUUUUCUGUUCAACAGGCAUCUACUGCUUGGAACAAAGCGGGGUACAUGACAGGAGACUUUGCAGAGCUUCUGAAUGGCCUCAACAGACUGCUACCCAUCAGCCUUCGGUCUAAGGUUGAGCUGAGCUACAGAUGGCUGUCAGGCAUCCUUCAGAGAUCUACAUUCCACCUGCGCGUCAUGUUGGGAAACAUCAUCGACAAUGAGCUCCCUGCAAUUGAGAAAAAGGAAAGAGCUAUACGGGAAAGGCUGACAAAGUUAAGGAAGGUGGCGGCAUCCAAAGAGUCGGCCAUGAGAAGACAUCUAGAGGAGAAAACCGACCAGGCAGUUGAAGAUCUCCGGGCCUACCUGGUGUCUGAUGAGGUGUAUGAGUGGCUGAUGAUCUGGGAUGAAGACGAGUUGCCGGAUGACGUUAACUGGAGCGUCUUAGAAUACAAGAUGAAGAAGAAGAUCGAGGAUCGCAUCAAACAACUCGUCUCCAGCUGGGACCAGGAGCAGGACUCCUUCAACAUGCUUCAGUCAGAGAUGCUUGCUAAGUUCAAGACGGACUUCAGCAUUGUGGAGGACGACAUUCUUCAAGUAGAACGCAGCAUGGCGACUCCCUUGUACACCGGUCAACAACAGGCACGAAUGUCGGGCUAUUGGAAUACGGAAGAGGACGUGCAGUACGGCAUGUUCACCUUACCCGAUCUCACUACUGGGCAGAAAUGGGCGCUGGGGGUUGCGGCACCCGUUGUCAUCCCUUUAGGUGUCAUCGUUGGAAUGCUUGCCCUACCAGCGACAGGUCUGAUGGCUAUCGCACAGAAGAUGACUGACAACAGCCGCCUGCAGCGCUACAGGGCCGACAGGAAAGCCUACAUGACGACACUGGCACAUGAGAUGUUGCAAUCCUUCGCGACUCGGGAAAACGUCCACGAUAUCGUGAAGGGAAAGGUCGAGUCUGUCUUCCAGUAUGUCAGUCAGUUGUUCAACAUGAUUCCCAUCCUUAUCGAGUCGGACGAGAGACUGAUCAAGGAAGUUUACGCCAUUGCAAAGGAGGAGAAGCUUGACGUUGUCAUGCAGCACCACAAACCAAGCUUGGCUACAUGUGAAGAACUCUCUGGGGAGUUGGACUGCUACUACCUAACCAGCGUCCGCGACUACGACAUCCCUUUUGAUGAACUGCUGGAGAGGGAGCACAUCGCAGGGGGUUCUUCUGGCGACGUCUACCGCGCCGAAUGGGAGGGAAGACCAGUGGCCUUGAAGCUGAUACGGAGCAGCCUGUACAGCACAAAUGCAUCCGAAGUAAUGCAAGAGGAAAGGAUUCUGCGGAAACUGGACCAUGAGAACUUGGUGCGGUUUUACGGCACGUCGUACUGGGCACAUCACGAGAAGGUCAUCUUCGUCAUGGAGCUGUGUCAGGACAACCUGAAGGAGUUCCUCAUCAACAAACCCAAAAGGAACCCUGGCAGACAAGGGAAGAAUCCUUCAGCCCGCCAGGCAGCAUUUGCCUGUGUCCAUCCCCUGACUCUGCAGCUGGCGUCCGCACUGUGUUACAUCCACUCCAAGGACUUCGUGCACAGGGACCUGAAACUUGAGAACAUACUGAUUACCGACGACAGAAUCAUCAAGCUGGCUGACGUAGGACUGACCAAGAAGGCUGAUGACGUGACCGGGACCCUGUGUGGCACCCCACCGUACAUCGCGCCUGAGGUCCUGCAGGAGAAACCCUACGGGAAGCCGUCAGACAUGUACAGCUUCGGCAUCCUUCUGUGGGAGAUGUGGUACGGGGAGGAGACAACUCACGCCGCACACUUCACUCUGCACAGAAUUGGAGAGUUUGCUGACGAACUUGUCGGGGGUAAUCGACCCGACCCCGAGAAGGACUACCCUGCUCCUGGAGGAUGGCGGGAAGUGAUGACGUCAUGCUGGGACACCGAUACAGCCAAACGACCAACCGCCGAACGGUGCGAGAAAAGUCUUCGAGCUGUAACUUUUAUGGGUUCAAAGAGAGUGGCCAUUAUAGGAGCCGGGGUGAGCGGACUCACUUCGAUCAAGGCUUGUCUGGAGGAGGGGCUUCAGCCGGUCUGCUUCGAGCAACAUGACGAUCUCGGCGGCGUGUGGUACUACUCUGACGAUGUCAGACCCAACCAGGGCGCCGCCAUGUACCGGUCUCUCAUCACAAACUCCAGUAAAGAAAUGAUGUCGUUCAGCGACUUCCCCUUCCCUAAGGACACGCCCCCCUACCUGCCGUACCACCGCGUGUACACAUAUCUACAGGACUACGCUCAGCACUUCAGCCUCAAGAAACACAUCCGAUUCGGCACACAGGUCAGCCGCAUACAGAAGACAGAAGACUUUGAUGAGACAGGACGGUGGGAGGUCCGUACUGUACAGACGGGUCACGGCGAUGGGGAACAGAAAGAGAUCUUUGACGCUGUCAUGGUGUGUAACGGCGUGUUCGCCCGGCCCUACGUUCCCGACGUGCCUGGUCUGUCGGACUUCGCAGGUGUCACCAUGCACAGUCAGGAGUACCGGACUGCCCAACAGUUCACCGGGACGAAAGUGGUUGUUGUAGGGGCGGGAAAUUCUGCAGGCGACGUGGCGGCGGAGAUCGCUCAGGUGGCGUCACAGGUGUACCUGAGCCUGAGGGACGGUGCCUGGGUUCUCCCCCGCCUGGCUCAGGCCGGGAUGCCGCGGGACAUGAUGCUGCGCCGGGUCCUGAUGAACAUGCCCGAGUUCAUCGUCAACAAAAUCAUCAAGGGCGAGGCGAACGCCAGAGUGUGUCAUGACAACUACGGGCUGACGUGUCCAGCUGAACCGCUCAAACAUUCCGUCAUGGCCAAUGACGAAAUAGGUUUUAGACUGGCCACCGGACAGGUCGUGACGAAGCCCCAGCUGUCCCGGUUCACCCAGCACGCUGCUCGGUUCGCGGACGGCAGUACAGUGGACGGACUGGAUGCCGUGGUGUUCGCCACGGGCUUCAACCUGGCGUUUAAGUUCAGUGACGAGUCCAUCCUCCCCAAUAAUGCGGAGGACCUGAACUUGUACAAGUUGGUGUUCCCUGCGGAGAUGACAAAGCCCACCCUGUCCGUGAUCGGCUGCCUGGCUACCAUCGGGGCACAUCCUCCUAUCUACGAACUGCAGGCUCGCUGGGCCGUCAGGGUGUUCUUGGGUCUGAAUAAACUUCCCGAUAAGGAGUCCAUGCUGAAUCGGAUCCGCUCCGACAAACUGGAGCUAAAGCAGCGGUUCGGCCACGUCAAGCUUCAGAUGCUGAACGUGCCGUACCGGGAUGAUAUUGCCGAAGAGAUCGGAGUGAAACCAUCGUUUUGGCGGAUCCUUCCUCGGGACCCAAAACUAGCUUUCCUCUGCUACUUCGGCCCCGCUUUCUCUGUCCAGUACCGCCUGCUGGGGCCACAUCCCUGGUCAGGUGCAGCUGACCACGCCAAGUCAGCCUUGGCUAACACCCUGUACCCCUUCAGGUCACCUGCACUGGUCAAGGAACAGCCGUUCUUCUCAUUGGCCAAGAUUAUGAAGUUUGUCUUGUUGUUGGGGGUGCUGGUGGUGGUGUUCAAUCGUUUUAUGUAAUCUCAAUCCAAUGAUCAAAAUUCCUUACUUAAAUCCCUAACUUAAUUGUAUUAACUGGUGCACCGGUGGCAGAAAUCAAGAACUGGUUUGCAAAUAUGAUGUUCCCUAAUACUAGAACAGUGUAUGUUUUAUUCAAACGUUUUUGUUCAUUAAAUAAUACCUAUCAUGUU